AUGCCAAAACGGAGGAAGAACGAUGAUAAGGUGGAGCGGGCUGCGAUGCUCCUCAAACUAUCAAAGAAAGGGAAUCAAAUGAAUGUCAAUGAAGCAAUGCGAUUUGCUGGCUAUCGUGAUGAUGACAUGGGCGACCAGGCUCUCAAGAGGGCAAUCUACAGAGCAAGAGAUGACAUUAACACUCCCAAGAAGCAGUCUGCUGAGCCAGAGGCCGCAGCUGUGACAGUGGCAGUUGCUACAGCUCCUCUUGCCUUGACCGACAGAAGCGCAGUUGCGGUCCCACCAACGUUCCACGCUGCUCCAAAUCCCCCAACCAAAAUGAGGCUCACUUCGUAUCAAGCUCAUGGAAAGCGAAAGCAAGAAGCAGGACAGAAGAAUCUUCGCAAAGAGCUCUUCGCGAAGGCUUGCAAUCUCUGGAAGGAAGAAUGUGAGAAGAAGGCAGCUGCCAAAGCUGAGGGCAAAAAGUAUCGAGGCAAGUCGGCCGAAGAUAUCUGCAGUGAAAUCAACGCUGAAUACGACUUGGAUACUCGCAUUGCAGCAAGAACGAGGCAACGAAGGUAA